CGCCAGGCUGAGACCGCUGGACCAUGGAGGCGGUGGCGGUGGCCGUGGCGCUGGGGUUCCUGCUCCUGGCCGCGGCGGGGGGCUCGGCUGGGGACGAGGCCCGGGAGGCGGCGGCCGUGCGGGCGCUGCUGACCCGGCUGCUGGGGCCCGGGCCGGCAGCCGCCUUCUCGGUGUCAGUGGAGCGCACCCUGGCGGCCGAGUCCGGCCUGGACACCUACCGCCUGAGCGGCGGCGGCGCCGGGGCGCGGGUGCAGGUGCUCGGCUCCACCGGUGUGGCCGCCGCCGCGGGGCUGCACCGCUACCUGCGCGACUUCUGCGGCUGCCAUGUGGCCUGGUCGGGCUCUCAGCUGCGCCUGCCGCAGCCGCUGCCCGCCGUGCCCGAGGUGCUGACCGAGGCCACACCCAACAGGUACCGCUAUUACCAGAACGUGUGCACGCAAAGCUACUCCUUCGUGUGGUGGGACUGGGCCCGCUGGGAGCGGGAGAUCGACUGGAUGGCGCUGAAUGGCAUCAACUUGGCGCUGGCCUGGAGCGGCCAGGAGGCCAUCUGGCAGCGGGUGUACCUGGCCUUGGGCCUGACCCAGUCAGAGAUCGAUGAGUACUUCACUGGCCCUGCCUUCUUGGCCUGGGGGCGCAUGGGCAACCUGCACACCUGGGAUGGCCCCCUGCCCCGCUCCUGGCACCUCAAGCAGCUGUACCUGCAGCACCGGAUCCUGGACCGGAUGCGCUCCUUCGGCAUGAUCCCGGUGUUGCCUGCAUUCGCUGGCCAUGUCCCCAAGGCUAUCACCAGGGUGUUCCCUCAGGUCAAUGUCACCCAGUUGGGCAGCUGGGGACACUUCAACUGCUCCUACUCCUGCUCCUUCCUCCUGGCUCCGGAAGACCGCCUAUUCACCAUCGUGGGGAGCCGCUUCCUGUGGGAGCUGACCAAAGAGUUUGGAACGGAUCACAUCUAUGGGGCCGACACUUUCAACGAGAUGCAGCCCCCCUCCUCGGAGCCCUCCUACCUCGCUGCAGCCACCGCCGCUGUCUACCAGGCCAUGAUUGCAGUGGAUCCUGAGGCCACGUGGCUGCUCCAAGGCUGGCUCUUCCAGCACCAGCCCGACUUCUGGGGGCCUGCCCAGGUGGGGGCUGUGCUGAGGGCGGUGCCCCGUGGCCGCCUCCUGGUUCUGGACCUGUUUGCAGAGAGCCAGCCCGUGUAUAUCCGCACAGCCUCCUUCCAGGGCCAGCCCUUCAUCUGGUGCAUGCUGCAUAACUUCGGGGGCAACCAUGGCCUGUUCGGGGCCCUGGAGGCCGUGAACCGAGGCCCUGCAGCUGCCCGCCUCUUCCCCAACUCCACCAUGGUAGGUACGGGCAUGGCCCCUGAGGGCAUCGGCCAGAACGAAGUGGUCUAUGCCCUCAUGGCUGAGCUGGGCUGGCGGAAGGACCCAGUGGCAGAUCUGGGGGCCUGGGUGACCAGCUUUGCGGCCCGGCGUUAUGGGGUCUCCCACAAGGACGCAGAGGCAGCCUGGAGGCUACUUCUCAGGAGUGUCUACAACUGCUCCGGCGAGGCCUGCAGUGGGCACAAUCGCAGCCCCCUGGUCAGGCGGCCAUCCCUGCAAAUGGUUACCACUGUCUGGUACAACCGAUCAGACGUGUUUGAGGCCUGGGGGCUGCUGCUGACUGCUGCUCCCGCCCUGGCCAGCAGCCCGGCCUUCCGCUACGACCUGGUGGACGUCACUCGCCAGGCCGCCCAGGAGCUGAUCAGCUUGUAUUAUGAGGAGGUGAGGACCACCUACCGGAACAAGGAGCUGGUUCCCCUGUUGCGGGCCGGAGGCAUGCUGGCCUACGAGCUUCUGCCCGCACUGGACAAGGUGCUGGCUAGUGACAGCCACUUCCUGCUGGGCAGCUGGCUGGAGCAGGCCCACGAGGCGGCAGUCAGUGAGGCCGAGGCCCAUUUCUAUGAGCAGAACAGUCGCUACCAGCUGACCCUCUGGGGGCCAGAGGGGAACAUUCUAGACUAUGCCAACAAGCAGCUGGCGGGACUGGUGGCCAACUACUACACCCCGCGCUGGCGGCUCUUCAUGGAGAUGCUGGUUGAGAGCCUGGCCCAAGGCAUCCCCUUCCAACAGCACCAGUUUGACAAGAACGCCUUCCAGCUGGAGCAGGCCUUCGUCCUCAGCACACAGAGAUAUCCUAGCCAGCCCCAAGGGGACACCGUGGACCUAGCCAAGAAGUUCUUUCUCAAAUAUUACCCCCGGUGGGUGGCUGGCUCUUGUGACAGAUUAACCACCCCUGGGUCAUGUUCUCCUCAAACUCCAACUCCAGGCAGGUUGCUGGGGCCUGGAGCUGGACAAGCGUCACAGAAGGUCCCCAGGCCUGGGUGAAGGAACUCAAGACAUACUGGUGGGAUCAGGUAUGGGCCGUUUGGAGGGAGAUAAGCUGCCCUCCCCCACUACCCCAAGUUUGGGAUCAAAGUACUGUUUUAACACAACUUAAUAAACUGAUGAAUCACCUGGACUUGUCUGUCAGAAUGUCACUGCCAUGA